AUGUCCUCAAGUCUACCGUUUUCCGCAAGCGGAAACGUUCAGAUAGAGAACAUCGAAGAGAUCGUCUUUGCAUACGGAGGCUUGUGGCUUAAAGGAUUCCUGGAGGAGGCCCUCAUGACUGCGACCGACCCGCUCUCCUCCCUCUCAACACCAGACAACUGGCGCUGCUGGCUUGACCCCGAGCGCUACGUCUUUUACCUCGCGCGCACGCUGCACCAGCUCGUGAGCCGCGUCACCGAGGACCAGGGACCUGCCAAAGGCGGGACUGGUUGGGGCCGGAAGGACACAGAACGCGGUGCGGGCGGCGGCUGA